AUGGCUUCCGGUAGUGAUCCCGAUCAGCGCAGGAAGAGGUCGGGCAGAAAACGACUGCCGCCAGUCGCGCCAGGGCCUCCUCUCCAGUUCGUUACAGCAACCCAUCCGGACGACUUCAAGGCGGAUUCUACAAUGAGAAACAUUCGGUCUCACGUCAUGUACAAGCACCAUUCUCAUGACGCACAACAAACACCUAAGUCGAGACCAUCGACACCAUCAAGCACAAGAAGGAAAUCAUCGACGCCAUCAAAUGACAGCAAGAGCGAAUCCUCGGACUGGGCCAAGAAACCUCAAUCGUCACAGUCUAUUGACCCCAUGGAGCUAUUUGCUUUCGAAUGGGGCCGAGACGGAUCUCAGUUCGUGCACAUGUAUGUCAACAACGAUAAUCCUUCCGCAGUAGAUCUCCACCAGAGACUCAUAGCUGCUAUCCUGGGCCCCUGUAGAGACUUUGUUAUUCGUACAGCUGGGCCAUCCUGGAUGGAAUCCAUCUUCAACUCGUAUCUCGCUUUCCUGAGCCACGCCUGCGUGGUCUCAGUAUACCAAGACGUGUCAAACCACUGUCUUGAUGACAGCCCUAUCACAGCAUACACUAAAACCAGAGUCAUUCGAGAGAUCAACGAGAGGCUCCAGAACCAUUCAACGCAGACAGACGACUCUACAAUCAUCACUAUAAUCCAUCUCAUUGUUAUGAAUCUGUCGAUAUUCAGAGCAAGAGUGCCAAACGGCAUGUACUUGCAGUAUAUGUCAACUCGCUCUGAGCCCGCAUCACGAGCAAUACCGCUGCCUGAAUCACCUAUCUAUUGUCCCACCAGUCACUUAUUUACCAACUCACGAAGUCCUGAAUGCUCCGACCACACAUACGGCAUUUUGUGCGACAUGGUCAACCUUACGAACUUGGCGAUAAUGUGUACAAGCUCCAACAGUACACCCUUCCAGGGAAGUGACAUGGCUUCUUAUGAAACUAGCAUACACCAAAUUUAUACUCGGCUCCUGCUAAGGCCUUCAGCAAGAGACGAAAACCUUGAGACAUCACAAGACUGGAUAUAUGAGACUUGUCGCUUGGCUUCACUCAUCUACUGUCGCGCGAUUGUUCACUGUGUAACAAUCUCGGAAUCCGCCAAGGCGAUGCAUGCUCACAGUCCGGGACUAGACGCAAAUGUAGCUCGCGAGCUGACGCCUACGUACUCUGCGGGUACUGUCCUCGAUGCUCUUGUCAGUGCCUUCGAAAUGACCGAUACGACCAACUGCUGGAGAACCAUGCCGGGGGUAUUCCUCUGGAUUUGCCUUGUUGGAGGGGCUGCAGCAUGGAUACCAGCCGCUCAUGACCUCCCCACAGUAAACCCGUCCGCCCGCGAAUGGCAAAGAAAGGCGUUUGCGUCACACGCUACAAAGUGCAGCAUCAUGAUUGCCUUCCAAUACCCGAAUGCGCUCCUUCAAGCCCAGCGUACUAUGCUGAAGAUUCAGUCCUUGGUCACAAGGCCCGUGGCAUCAUCGUCGUUCGAUGAUCCUAACUUUGGGGACAGCCAAGGCAUCCAUCCUCACCUGUACCUACCGCAGGAGCAUAGGCAUGCUCAGUGGGAACCUCCCCGCCAGUCACUUAUGCUACCUCCUCAACCGCGUUCUGGUUCAGACUUGCGGUAUGUAGCUGAGCGAGCACAUCUUGAGGAUGCCACCGACGAUUGA